GUGCUCAUCUCACUGCGUGCUGUAUAUGCCAUUCUAACUCUGAGAGACACUGUGAGGAAGCUGCUGAACUAUUCUCACUGACAUUUUAGAUUAGCACUGCAUCCUGCUCUAUUACUUUGCAAGCCUUGGUUACUGAUACAGGAUUAAUUGAGCACUCCAAGGAAGGAUGAUGAUGGUGAACGAUGACAGUUUUGUGGAGUGUAAGAUUGAUGACAGCGAUGAAGAACAAAUAAACACUCCUCCUCCUCCUCCAGAAUUUGCAUCUAAAGCUUCGACUCCAGCUCCCAAACCUCCAACUCCUCCCACCGUCCCCACCACACUAGUUCCCUCCCCACCUGUCAACAGAGACCCAAACAGCAUCAACCAGCAUCUAAAGGUGGAAGUCAGUAAUGUGCUGGCAGAACCCGCCACACCUCAUACCAUGGAUGGAGUGUGGGUGUAUAGCAUUGUCGGCUUUGAGAAAACUCGUAUUUGGACAUACCGCUGCCUCUCCUUGCUGUUUGCUGUGCCCUUUGCUCUCCUGUGUGGCAUUUUACUGGCCUUUCUUGCCUGCAUACGUGUCUGGUUCCUGGUUCCUUGCACACAGCUAAGCCACACCUUCCUUCCUUGCUUGCAGUCGUUGUGUACAUGUGCUUUGAACGUUUUCAUUGCUCCUUUCUGUAUGUCUUUUGCACUCUGUUGCAGUCAAGUCGCCAUUUCUCUGUCAAACAAAGGUUUGGAUCAAAUAAGAGACAAAGACACUGUAUGAAUGUGACACAUAAUGAAUAAUCUCAACUGAGUGAGUGACUGAGUGAGUAAAUAAAAAAGCAAGUGCAUUUUGUUUAAACUGUCUUUC